AUGGAUAUCCCCCUUGCCGAGCGCGUGCUGCCUCCAUCUUUGGACGAGGCAACAUUCGACAAAGCUCUGGAUGCCAUCAUUGAAAUCGUCGGCGAGGACAAUGUAUCACGCGACAGCUUAAAGGGGAACCUAGAAGGACCACAAGGUCAGACAUGCUACGGAGAUUUGUGGCCUUUGGCAGAUGCUACAGAUCAUACUCCGAGUGCAGCCAUUAGACCGGCCUCUGUGGAGGAGAUUCAAGGAGUUCUCAAGAUCGCCAACCAUUACAAGAUUCCAUUGUGGACAUUGUCACGUGGGAAAAAUCUUGGGUACGGAGCGAGUGGAGCUGUAGUUCGGGGUUCGGUGAUCCUUGACCUACACCGGAUGAACAAGAUCAUCGAGGUUAACGAAGAAUAUGCAUACGCCAUAGUCGAGCCAGGAGUUUCUUUUUUUGAUCUCUACCACUACGUCCAGGAAAGGAAUUAUCGUCUUUGGCCGUCGUCGCCUGCGCUUGGCUGGGGCUCCGUCGUGGGCAAUACUCUCGAACGAGGAUUCGGAUACACACCAGAAGGAGAGCACGCAGAGCAACAAUGUGGUAUGGAGCUGGUUUUGGCCAAUGGCGAGGUGAUUAGAACAGGUAUGGGGGCGCUGAAGGGAAGCCCAAUGUGGCCUCUGUAUAAAGGUGGCUACGGACCCAGCGUGGACGGGCUUUUUUUUCAAUCGAAUCUUGGAAUCGUCACCAAAAUUGGAUUACACGUUACACCCGCGCCCGUGUGCUACAUUGAUUGCGAGGUCAGUGUGCCAAAUGAAGAGGAUCUCGCGGCUCUGGUCAAAGGGAUCUCCUCUCUCGAAAGAGAAGGGGUUAUCCAGAAUCAUACGUCCAUCGCCAAUCCAUAUCGGCAAUCUUUCUCCUCAAAGGACGAAGACAUUAUGAAGCGGGUAUUGAAUCCUGGUAUGCAGGGUAGUUACGCGACCAAUGAAGACAUGACGGCUCUCCAGCGUGAGCAGGGCUGGGGCUACUGGCGAGCCUACUUUGCCAUUUACGGGGCUUCUGCUAAGGUCACUGACGCUCAUUGGAGCACAGUCCAGGAGCGUCUUGGUGUGAUCCCGGGCGUUACUUUCAAAGGUCAACGCCAUGAGAGCAAAGAUGGCGGCCGACUGAAUGCUUCUCAAAUGCCAAAGGGCGAGAUUCCUCACAAUGGGUUUCCCCGGAUAGACGCCAAAGAUUUCGUGAAUGUGCGAGGGUUCGGUGGCGGGCAUCUCGCCUUCGCGCCUCUCUUCCCACCUGGUGGAGCUGAAUUACAAGAAUGGUUCACAAAAGCUCUAUCGACGGUGGAAAAGGCGAAGUUUGAUCUAUUUUCUGACUUUCACGUCUUUGGUCGCUACGUGAUCGGCAUUGUUCUCAUCGUGUAUGCACCAGCUGAAGGUGCCAGAGCGAAAACCUUGAUGGAAGAGCUUCUCCGAGACGGAAAGGAGAAGUUCGGUAUCUCUGAAUACCGGACGCACAUCGAUUACAUGGACGAAGUUCAGAGCCAUUUUGACUUUGGUAAUGGUUCUCUCGAUCGCUUGAUUACCGUCAUCAAGCAGAGUUUGGACCCCAAUGGUAUCCUUUCACCGGGCAAAUCUGGGAUUUGGGCAAGGCCUCGGGAAACCAGAAUCUAG